AUGAAUAUAUUUUCAUCAAUUUUAAAACCUAAAAAUAAAUUUUCAAUUGAAAAUUUAAGGUAUUUGCACAAUACCUUAAAGAAUAACCAAACUAUAAACCAAAAGAAUAAAAGCUUAGUAGUAGAGACCCUUAGGCAAAUUGCAGAAGUUAUGAUUUGGGGUGAUCAACACGAUAUUUUAUUUUUUGACUUCUUUAUUGAAAAGAAUAUAAUGGGAUUUUUUUUAUCAUUUUUAGCACAGAAAACAUCUAAUGAAGUAACAAUUCAAUUAUUACAAACAUUAAGUAUUUUAGUAGAAAAUUUAAGGAAUGAUAAUUCAAUCUAUUUCUUAUUAUCAAAUAAUUAUAUAAAUGAAAUCAUUAUUCACAAAUUUGAUUUUUCAAGUGAGGAGGUUCUAGAUUAUUAUAUUUCAUUUUUAAAAGCAUUAUCAUUAAAAUUAGAUAAGAAUACGGUUAAUUUUUUCUUUAAUCAUAAUGAAAAAGAUUUUCCAUUAUAUACCGAGGCUAUUAAAUUUAUUAAUAAUAAAGAAACUAUGAUUAGAAUUGCAGUUAGAACAUUAACAUUAAAUAUAUUUAAAGUCGAAAACAAAGAAAUGAGGGAAUACAUUAUAAAUUCAACAGCAGUACCCUAUUUUUCAAAUAUUGUUUGGUUUAUUAGAAGACAUUGCAUAAAUUUAUCUGGUAUUUUAGAGAAAUCCAGUCACGAUAAUAUCAAUCAUUUAAAAAACUAUGUUGAUGAAUUGACCGAUCAAUUUUAUUAUUUGCACGAUAUUUUUAAUUUGGGAUUUGAAUCGAUGAACAUAGUUUUGGCAGAGCAAUUUAUUCAAUAUCUUAUAUUUCCAGUUUUCAUUGGCAGUUUAAUUGAUCCAUCAAAGAACCCAGACUUAGAGGAUCGUUUAACUCCAACAUUAGCAUUGUUUUUAUUGGCACAAAUAUUCCACAUUUUUUCGUAUAAACCUUUAUUAGAUACUGUAUCGAGUGCAUUGCUUACUGCUACACCUGCACAAACUCAAUUAUUUACAACCCAAACCCGUGCUCCCCCACCAUUAUCAUCGAUUGGAACUUCUCGCAGACACUACAGUAGUAUUCGUAGAUUCUCAUCAUUUCCAAAUUUAGAAUCUUUAGAGGCUUUAAAAAAUGGACAAAGUAUUUCUGAUCCAGACUUGGGUGGUAUCAAUAGCACCGAUGACGAGGAUAUUUCACCACCAAACAGCGGUUUCAGGCCUUCAUCUUCAAUGAUAUCAUCUGCUUCCUCUUCACCAAACACCCCUAAAAAAUAUAAUAUUUCAAGAUUAUUUGGUACAACUAGAAGACCAUUGCAACAAUCCACUGGUAAUUUAAAUAAUACACCUGGUACUACACCACCCGUUAAUAAUAGUAAUAACAAUACCAUUAAUGCACAUAAUAGCAAUAGACCACAACAAUUGUCAAGUUCUAUUGAAAGUAAUGUUAAUAGUGUUAAUAGUUUAGAGGAUAACAAUAGUAAUAGUAAUAGCAACAACAAUAAUAAUUUAACACCACAGGGAUCACCACCACCAAUUGUUGUGUUUGGUGAUAAUAGUUCAGAAAUUUCAACAAAUGAAAUGGUUAAUCAAGAUAAUAAUUCACCAGUUUCAACAUCACCAAUUAAUAAUAGUAAUAAUAAUAAUAGUAGCAACAAUAAUAAUACAUCAAAUACAAAUACAACAUCAAAUGAAAUUGUUUCCAAUUUAACAAAAAGAAGAUUUAAAUUUAAUAGAAAUGAAUUUAAAGAGUCAUUAUUAAAAUUUAUUAAUAACGACAGGGAAACAUUUGGUGUAGUUAUAAUGAUGUAUUCAUUUCUAAAGAAUCAAAAUAUUGACCCAAAAAUUUUAGAAAGAGGUGGUAUUUUACCAUAUCGUUUAGCAAAAGCAAAAAAACUAUUAGAUAGUUUAUUAUCACCAGAACAAACCAAUAUAUCUGUCAACAACAACAACAACAACAACAAUAAUAAUAAUAAUAUUAAUAAUAAUAAUCAAGAUUUAAUAAUUUCAACAACAUCACCAACAAAGAAUAAUCAAUUGUUAUUUAAAAAUAAACAAAAGCAAAUAAAUAGUAAUAAGAUGUCAGCAUCAUUACCAAUUAAUAUUGGCCAUAAUAGAUCAAGAUCAGAAUCAUAUACAAAAUCUUUAUUAUACAAUCCAAAUAUUUACGAAUCAGUCAAAGAAGAAAAGAAUAUAUUUAAACAACAAUCACCAACAUCAUCAUCAUUGUUUGGAGAGUUAGAAAUUGAAACUACAAAAACUGAUGAAGGUAAUGACGAAUGUGAUGAAAAAGAAAAAGAAAUUUUAAAUUUAAAAAAUAAAAUAAAUUUAAGUAAUAGUAUAAAUAGUAAUAAUAUUAAUAAUAAUAACAAUAACAAUAAUAAUAGUGGCAAUAAUAAUGAAGAGUCAGAUGAGGAAGAGGCAUUUAUACCAGUACCAGAAUCAAGCCAAAAAGAUUUCACUAGAAAACUAAUCAAUUCAUUAUUUAUGGUAUUGGUUAAAAGUAAUCAAUUUAGGUUAAUAACUUUACAAAUGACCUUAUUAAUUUUAAAAGAGUUGGUCUAUUCAUCAGAUUCAUCAUCCAAGCUUACAGAGACUCAAGCAUUGCUUUUGGAACAGGCUUAUAUUACAGUUACCGAUAAUUUAAGGGACUUUUUAAGAGGGCCAUUAUCAGAUGUAUUUUUGGAAAUUUUUGAGGAAGAGAUCAAAACCUAUAAGCAAAUUAUAUUUGAACAAUUAAUAAAUGAUGUUGCACUCAUUCUUCCAAUCCCAGAGAAAUUAGUAACCCGUUUAUCUUUACCACAUCGUUUGCCAUCUGGCGAAUUAGAAAGAACCCAAAAGGCUAUUCAACAAUUUUUAGUACUUAGGGAAUUGAAAUUCACAUUGCUUCGUAAAAAGGAUAACCUUUUACCACUUAAACAACCACCAACUCCAAUGGUAAGAGAAAAGUUUUGGUUCAAUUUAGAUAUUGGUGGCGAAGAAAGCUUUUAUGAUAUCAUCGAAUACUAUCAUUACGAAAAACCAACUCCAUCCAUCACACCACCAUCAUUGGGUACUGCAACCCCAAGAAAGAAGAAUAAACAAUUUGGUGUUCUAUUCCACAAUUUACUUUUAGCGGUUGAUCCAGUCUCCACACCUUUGGGAGGUAGCAAUGGUAUUAAUCCACCUCAAAACAUUACAGUUAUUGGUGGCCAUAACAACAAAGGUUUAUAUGGUAUCAUUGUUCAUAUUGCACCAUUACAAAGAUUAGAGAUUGAAAUUUCGCACAGAGAUCCAUCCAUUCUAAAGGUAACAUCACAUCCAACUACUUGGAAUGUCGAAAUGGUGUUCGAGGAGACUAGUCAAUGUAACAAAGCAAAACAAUUUUUAGAAAGAGCUCGUGACGAUGUUAGAGCAAGUAAAAUGCGUCAAAUUUAUGCUUUAUUGGGCGAAAAAGAUCCAGAUGACGAUUCAAUUCAACUAUCAAGUGAUAAAUCAUUUAAAAUAGCAGAUGAAAAUAAACUGGACAGCGAAAUCGAAUUUGGAGAUAACGAAUAUGAAAAUAAAAUUAGCAGCAAUUAUAAUGGCGAAUUUCAAGCUACCUCCUCGACCUAUUCAAUUCCAAAUACUCCACCAGCACGUACAAUUACUCCAGUUGAUGUUUCAUCACACUCACAUCCUUUGGCAAUGGUAAUUGAUGAAGAGAAUAAUAGAAACAAAUCAUCAAAACAAAAUAAUAAUUUAGCAAAACCAAAAAGUAGACUCUCUUCACCACUACGUGAUAUUUUAGAAUAUAGAAUCGAUGAUAAUAAUAGCAAUGGCAGUAAAAAACUCGAUUUAUUUAGUUCAGUUUUUGAUGGAAAAUUAGAUUUAAAAUUGGACAAUACUGAAAGUGGUAAUAAUGAUAACAACAAUGUUUUUGAUGAAAACCCAUUUUCAGAUUUAAAAAAGCCUCUUAAUAAAAAAGAACAAAAAGAAUUAAAAGAAGAGCAAAAGGCUAAAGAAAAACCAAAAGAAGAGAUUGUAGAAAUUAAACAAGAUGAGAAUAUUCAAUUUAAAGAAGAAAAAAAUAAUGAAAUUAGACAAGAUAUUAUCAGUGAUCUAAAAGAAGUGGACGAAAUUAAACAAGAUAAAAUUGAGCAAUAUGAAGGUGAAACCAAGCAAGAUGAAAUCAAACAGGAUGAAAUCAUGCAAGGAGAAAUCAAACAAAAUGAAACCAAGCAAGAUGAAAUCAAGCAAGAUGAAACUGAUCAGGGUGAAGCCAACCAAGGUGAGAUUAAACAGGAUGAAUCUAAACAAGAUGAACCUAAACAAGAUGAAAUCAAGCAAGAUGAAAUC